CAUGAACUAUGAUUAAACAUUUCCGAACGAACCGGAAACGUCGGUUGCCAUGACACUAUUCAAACGAACGUCAUUUUCUCGUAAACAAACGACCAUUACACUCCCUUUUUCUUAAAAAAACCUCAAUAUGUCUGAAAAAUCGAAAUUGGUGUCAUCAACGGCCCCCAAAACGUACAAAAGUCGUCCGUCGACUGUCGGGCCGCCGCCAACCAUGCGCCGUGCUCCGUCGACGGUAAUUAAAGAUCGCAACACACGUCCGACGAAAUUCAACAAAAAUGCUACUUUGGUAUACGACGCAGACUUGACUAUUCGUCCUGAGGUGUCCAUGCCUGAUUUUGAGAGUGAGAACAAGCAAGUAGCGUACGGGAAGUUUCUACGUCUAAUGUUGGAGGACUGUUUGUUGGAGGAGAAAAUUGAGAGAGAAGAAACGGAAGUGGAUAAACAAAUGGCGUUGCUUGCGGACAGGUUUCAGAAGACAAUGUCGCAGUUGGACAAGACUAAUCGGAGGCUGAAGGACAUAUCCUUCGUCCAGGAGCAGGAGAGACUAAUCCAAAUGCGCCACGAAGACAAUGCUAAAAUUUUUGAAGCAACAGCAAACAGUACUGCUCCGGAGAUCCUAACAAGCCUGUCCAAUACCGAGCAAGCUCACCUUGACAAGCUCGUCACAAAGAACGUUGAUUUCGGCUACGACAAGAACAGCGGUUACAAACAGCUCCUAGACGCCGUACAAGAUGCCAUCGGAGGCCUAGAGGAAAUCAAAAAGCAUUCAAACUUAGAUAUGAAUAAAUUCAAAGAAUAUGAGAAUGCGAAAACGUUGUCGGAGCAAAUGGAGUUGAGCAAAAUGGAUCUAGAGAUGUUGAAGACGGAGUUCGAGGUGAAGUUUCCAAAGUUUAGCGAGAAGUUGCUGAAGGAGGCUUCGGAGAAGUUUGCCAAGAUGGUGGAGGAUGGGGAGGAGUGAAUUUUUGUUUAUUCAUAGAUGUUGUGUUGAAUGUUAAUUAAAAUAUGCAGUGUAGUCGAGUGUUUUGUUAUCUGUAUGUUUGUCGAAGUGUUGAGAGCUCUGACCACCACCGCCAUCAUUUUCACCAGUGGAGUAGGGACUUACUUUUCUUAAUUCUUACCAAUAAUAAUAAUAAAAUACAUAAAAGCAAAUAUAAGGUUUUUAUGAAAGUAUAUUAUUAUAUUCUGUAACUUAAAUGUAUGGCUAUUUUUAUACUGUGUAAAAUAUAUUUUGCUUGUUGAAU